UGAUUCUUCGUUUUGGAUGGGCUUCACGAGGGCGUGAAAGAAAGCUAGGUCGCGAAAAUGGGUCGUUUGGCUCCCAGCGCCUUCAAGGCUCUGCCACCGCCUCGCGUCUUCGAUGGCGUCCAGUUCCCUCGCAUUCUGGCUCCAUCGGCGGCGAGCUGCGAUGUCGGCAGCUUCAGGGGGUGGAUCCGGCAGCACAAGGAUUGGAUCGAGGAGCAGCUGUUUGUGAGUGGCGCUGUUCUUUUCAGGGGAUUUGGCGUGGACAGCGCCGCGGAUUUCGAUGCGGUGGUGAGGGAAUUUGGGUACGAAGAGCUGCCCUACGUUGGUGGAGCGGCCCCGAGAACAAACGUGGUAGGGAGAGUCUUCACUUCCAAUGAGUCCCCUCCGGAUCAAAAAAUUCCCUUCCACCAUGAGAUGGCACAGGUUCCAGAGUAUCCGUCAAAGCUCUUCUUUUAUUGUGAGGUGGAGGCCAAAGAAGGUGGUGAGACUCCGAUAGUGCUCAGCCAUUUAAUCUACGAUAAGAUGGCUUCCAAGUUCCCCGAGUUUGUGAAAGAUCUGGAGGACAAAGGCCUUCUCUACAUCCGAGUUCUCGGCGAAGGUGAUGAUCCAUCUUCUCCCAUUGGACGGGGCUGGCAAUCGACUUUUUUGACGAAAGACAAAAGCGAAGCGCAAGCCAAGGCUGCGAAGCUGGGAAUGCAAGUCGAAUGGCUCGACGAUGGCUGCCUCAAGACGAUAUCAGGACCAAUCCCAGCAAUCAAAAACGAGAAAAGCCACGGCAGGAAGAUCUGGUUCAACAGCAUGGUGGCGGCCUACACGGGCUGGGAGGACGCGCGAAACGUUGCGGAGCGCGCAGUGGUGUUUGGCGAUGGCAGUCCUUUGCCGAGAGCAGCAGUCUUGGAGUGCCUGGAUAUUAUACACGAGCUGAGCGUGGCAAUCCCGUGGUGCCGCGGCGAUGUUCUCCUCAUCGACAACUUGGCCGUGCUUCAUGCGAGAAGACCCUUCACUCCUCCGCGGCGUGUUCUGGCAUCGCUUUGCAAGUGACCACUACAAAACUCGAUCAUGGUAAAAGUUCUUCCAACCUUUACCUUUCACAUCUCUUUUGUUCUUGUGGCAAGAAUCAAGACGGACCGAAGAAACUCGAAAGAUUCACGGAAACUCUGUAAAGGUUCGAUUUUUAGUACAUGCAAAGUGCGUUUUUUCUUUUUUAA